UGUUGCUGUUUCUGUGCUACUGUGGAACAUCAUUAGAUCUGCUGCACCGCACUUUGAGGAUGGUCGCCCCAGUGCACGGCUCCGGGCAGUGGCUUUGCCCCUUCCCGGGGAGGGGGAACCCGGGCCCUUCGCUAUGUCCGAGCAACGGAGCUUGUUACAAUUCGCCAGCAUGUUCUUCCUCAGCUGUUGCUUCACUCGCCUCUCCGCCUCUGGUAGCGGUGUUACCCUGAGGGUCCCUCAGAGAGAAGUGAACGGGACCGUGAACCAGCCUGUCAAUCUCUCUGUCUCCUAUUCCACACUCCCACCCUACUCCACGUUGAAGAUCCAGUGGCGUUUAUUCUCCGAAAAUACUCCAUUUGUGACCCUAAUCCGAUCAAACUGCUCUCCAGAUCCUGUCACAUCCCGGUAUAACUGCUCAGAUCACCGGGUGACAGGGCCUUCCUACCGGCACCGAGUUCAACUCGACCCAGAGACUGGAUCCUUGUGGCUGCGGGAUUUACAAUCCAAUGACAGCGGCGUGUAUGUGAUAUCAGUUUACAGAGAUGGUGAGGGCACAGCUGCUGAAGCGAAUGUGACUUUAACCGUUUAUAACGAGACAGAUUGUAAAUGGACUACCCAACCUGGUUCAACAACAAGUCAAUCUCGGAGUACAGUGUCAAUCACAUACUCGUAUAUCAUUAUCCCUGUUGUUGGCUGUUUCCUCAUUGUUCUUAUCUUUUUCAUCUUGGUAACAAAGAAAUACAAAGGUUCUUGUCCGCAACAUGAUUCAGUUGCCAUGGAAACACAUGAUCAGCCAAUUGAAGGAAUGAGGCAAGACUUUGCUGAGGGCCAGGAUUCGGUACUGAACAGUGACCUCACCUACUCCCUUCUCCAGUGGCACAGGAUCCCAGCGGCUUCAGGAGGUGACCCACAAGAUAGCGGUCUGGAGACGAUAUAUGCUUUUCCACAGAAAGUGAACCGCAGGUGAAGUGCCUGGGCUCGAGGCAGGGAGAUAUGGAUAAUGGGCUGUGGGGAAAUGUGACAAUCAGGUCGAGACAGUUUCACAGGUCUUCGUGUAGAUGCAGUGAGAAGCUUUCCUUGGGACUCAUCGAUGUGCGAUCAAGUACCAAUCAGGUCCAGUGUCUAGGGUUCCUGCUAUGCAUGGAAAGUGUUGAUGUGUUAACAGCACUGAGUGAAAUCUGGGGCUCAGAGUCUCCUCAGAAUGUGCUGUCAGUGCUGUUUGGAUAGAAGCUCCUGCCCUCAACCUUCUAAAACAUGGGAAGGAAGGGAGCUCUCUACUCUGUGCAGUGACCUGCUCAUAGCAAGUCAGCAGGUCACAUUCCCUAUUCAUAGGUCAGACCCUAUUAAUUCCAAUGGAAACAAAAAUCAGUGAGAACUGCAGUUAGGACUGUCAACUCGGUUAUGUCCCCUUUACAUUAUCUUGGGAAAUGAUUGCAGUGCAGUGACAGAGGGAGCAGGGGUUCUGACAUUCUCUGUUCCUAAGCUCGAGUGCGAUGAUGCUGAGGACAAAUAUGCAAAAAUACAUGAGCUGUUUCUUCUCUGCACUUCUGAAGCAGCUAUCGAUAACUGGUAAACAGUCUUCAAAUGUGCUCUUAUUUAUUCAAAUGAUGUAUACUCAUUAAAGCAAAACGAA